AUGAGGCGGCAGCCGCACGGCGGACCCGCCGCGGGCGACCUCGGGAUCAGCACUGAGCCCUACCCGGCGCUGCUGGUGCUGAGCUGCAGGAAAUGCCUCGAGGUUCUCGGUGACUCGUCGUCGCUAGUGUGUACCUGCAAGGCUCUCCACUACAUCUGCAUCAACGUCGCCUGCAACGUGGUCGUAGACAGGUCCAAGUUGACCGUGUCCAGGUCCGGCGCCGACGCGGGUGCCACGAGCUACCCGUGCCAGUGCUCCGUGUGCAAGACGCACGUCGGCCGCGUGUACGAGUCGACGCCUCCGCAGCUCAGCGUCUUGCAGGGGUGCUUCAGCCUGUACACCGACAAGGUGAAGAGCUACACCGUCGGCGCUGGAGUGACCGCGACAGGCGAGGACGCGCAGGUCGCCGUGGCGUCGCCCGUCGCGGGCGGCGGCGGCAGCGAGCCGGGCGACGCGCUGAACGAGAGGGUUGCGCAGCUGGAGGAGGAGAUGCUGCGCGUGCAGAGGCUGCUCCUGUUGCACAGCGAGUACUUCGAUAUCUUGUGA